AUGCACAGCUACUCCAAGAUUGGUGGCUCUUCUGACUUUGCCGCCCGCUACCCAACACGCAUCUUGGUCGGCUAUUGGCUCUACUCGUCUGAGCCUGAGCCAGACCAACACGCUGUCUACGGCAUCCUUAGCCGCGACGGCAAGCUGCGUUUCAAGCUUGUCUCCGAGACGCGGGAUGGCAAAAAUAUUCGCGGCAAUUAUCCACCUCCUUCGGAGACGUGGCUCAUUCAUGAGGAAAUUGUCCUCCUCCCCCACCUGCUCGACCUCAACCGCCUGGGCAUGAAGGAGUACUGCCGGGAGCGGGGUCGUCAGGUCACUGCUGGCGAGGACGCCGCCCAAGUCAGCGCCAAUGUGCAAAAAGCCGUCGAGUACGCCGAGCGUAUUUCGACUACCGGCGAGGGCCAGCGCCCACGCAACCUCCGUUGGGAGCGUGAAAAGUGCGCCGACCGCCAGCGCGCCAUCCGCAAGAUGGGCACCGCCAGCGCCCACGCCAAAGCCCUACACGAACGGGCACACGGCAUCAAGCCCGACUCGCCACCCUCGGACCUGGACCAAGCUCGCCCCGUCCAGAAGCCUCCGUCGCACCACCGCGCCGCCUCGUCCGCGAGCAGCACCAAACGGAGACGCUCCUCGGCCUCGCCGCUGCCGCUCCCAAACGAGCAAUCUACGCCCACGCUUCCCGACAUGGAUCCGUAUAAGCCGCCUUCGCCACGGACCCGCGGCCAUCCCCUGCCCAACGACCGGCCUGCAUCGUCAUCGUUCCGCGCUGCCAAUAUUAAGGUGGACGAGGACACGGACCGCCUCCCGCCGCUCAAGGCCUUUCGCGCCGCCAACGGCGGUCUAGAUCAGACGGAGCGUCUCCCGCCCCUGCACGCCACCCUCGCCGCAGACGCCAUGGACCUCGACGAUAAGGAACGCCUGCCUCCGAUCCAAUCUCUUGCCCCCAAGCCCGCGCGCCAGCCCCUUCCCCAGCACCCGCUCGACUCACCGCCGCCACGGCGCAAGGCCCUGCCCACGUCAGCAAUUCAUCGCAAGACGGCGUCCACUGAAGAAGGGGCCAUUACUGCCACAACCCCGCCGACGGGCGAUGAGGACGAUGAAGACGGGCCCAGGUCGACCGUCUUCAACGGCGUCACCUACGUGCGCCGGACAAACGGCUCUUUCAAGGGAAAACUCGUCUCGCCGGGCAAAAUUAUCACGAUUGAAGGGCAGGACUAUGUCGAGUACUGCGUGCUGGCCAAGCUGUCCUUUAUAUGA